AUGGGCUGCAUCGGCUCCCGGACCAUCACUUAUUUCUGUGUGGAGAAGAGGGCACGCAAUGCAGUGUCAAUUUACACAGCGGACGCUGUUCCUGUACGGAAAGAUGGGGAGCAGCUCUCUAUGGAGGACACUUCCUCCAUCCUGCCUCGUCUGAAGAGGAACUCCAACGCCUACGGGAUUGGUGCUCUGGCUAAGUCCUCACUGACAGGUGUGUCAGGCGUGUCCCGUUCCAUGAAGGAUAAAGUAACUAAGCCCACUGCCAUGGCCUCGGGCAAAGUGGCUCACAUGAUCGAAUGGCAGAGCUGGAACACACCAUCCACUGGGACUGAAGGGGCUGUGGUCACCAAAAUCCCAACCUCGCAACGUGAGAAGGAGAGGCGGAUGGAGAGCGAAAUGUACAGUGAACUCAGUGAAGGAGAAAAGGAGGCCCGCUUCACUGCAGGAUUAAUGGCACAAUUUGCCUUAUCGGAGGCUACUUUGCUGGGCUGGAGAUCUAUGGAGGAAGAUGGCCUUUGUGCUGGCUCCAAACAAGGCAGUGUGGCCCACCUCAGCGAGACCAACCAGGAGAGCAUCACCAGCAGAGACCAGGCGAUGCAUCACUCCUCAGCCGACGUAUGGCCCAACACCUACGUAGCCCAGGGCCUCUACUGCCUUUCCUCCUCUGACGCCUGGGAGCCAAUUAGCAACGAUCCCUCGGGCGUGGCCUCGCCGGCCGCCUACGUCAUGGCAGGUGGUGGAGGAGGGACGCCCGGUGAGGGCUACGGUGAGGUGGACAAUGUGGGGGGCUACAUCCAGCAGCAGCAGCCCCAACAGCUCACCCUGCAGCAGCAGAGCCAGCUGCAGCUCCAGCAGUUGCAGCAGAUCCAGCUGUACCAGCACCAGCAGCUAAUGCUCUACCAACAGCAACAGGCAAUGGAACACAGACUACACAGUGCAAACCACUCCCUCCAAGCCACACCCAACAGCACCAUCCACAGUCUAGGCCUGCCCACUCACCCUCGCCUGGCUGACCUAUGGGGCUCUGCGCAGGUGGAGAUUGUCGGACACAUGAGCGGGCCAAUGGCUGACAUGGUUGUUGGUGUGGUCGAGACCUUGGGGGAGGAGCCAGAGGAGGAGAGCGAAUGCAUUCCAGAGCAACAGGAAGAGGAGGAGACUAAGGACGAUGAGGUUACGUUAACCUUAGAACCAACUUUGACCCCGUCCCCGCUUAGAGAAGACGCCACCCCGAUUGGAGGCACCAGUCCACGACUAGCACGCCCAGAACCAAUGGCAGAACGCAUACCCUUUGUGGUCACACCCUGCAUUGUCCAAUCGUUGGAGGAGAAGGACGAAGAGGUGGCCAAGGGGUCUAUUGUUGCCGUGGCGACCAAUUGA